CAGAGGCAAGAUAGGAUCAGAUACAGGAGAGGGUUUUUGUCACUAAAUUCACCAGAUUCAUUAUGGACUCUCUUUAACUAUUUUGGACUUAACUGAAGGGAAGAUUGCUCCAUAGAACAAUUUUGAAAUCUGGACUCUACUGGUACUUCACUGGACUUUAUUUGGACUGUAUUGGGCUCAGCUGAACUUUCCAGGGGAUUCCUCUGGAUUGCAUUGGUUUCUAUUAGUUUUAUAUAGUAUCUGGUGAAAUCUGCUUCGCUGUGGAAGCAGUACUGACAGUUUUCUGAUGAAUGGAAUUUGACUGAUCUUGCAGUGCAGCAUUAUUUGUCUAAGGGCUUGGGCAAGCCAAGGUAAAUUAAGAUAAUCAGAUGUCAGUUUGGGACUUAUGUGCCUCAGAUUACUUUAAAUAAAAGGUCAAUUAGACCAGAUUAUUUCUUUUAAAACAGAAUAGAAAAAAGUCAGGGGUGGCAAGUUGUAGUUUGCUAAUUUAAGUGGGUAAAAUUGGGUCAGGUUUGUUUGGAUAGGAGGUCAGAAAAGAGGGUUAAUUUCCUUUAUUAGGUUAUUUAUUUUGACAUUAAGGUUGGGAUAAUCAUUUGAAUGUUGGCCUAGUUUAAACCUCAUAUCUUGGUGGAGGAUGCAAAAGACCAUCAGGAGCAGUAGCAGCUGCAGCAGCAUGAGUUUCCUGUGUGUCCUGUGGCUGCUGACAGUCUGUCUGGCUCCUGGAAGCCAAGGCCAGAGGCUGAGGGAGACGGAGGGAGAGCAGUCAGCAACCAGGGCUCAGCUGGCAGAGAAAGAUGCACUCUGCCACCAGGAGGGAUGCUACACUGUCUUCCUCCAGAAGAGAACCUUUAGGGAGGCCGGGCGGAGCUGCCGGGAGCGAGGUGGGACACUGGCAACGAUGCAUACCCACGAGGCAGCGGGUGUGGUCCAUGAGCUGCUGUCGGCCAUUGAGCCUAAGGGGAACAGGUUAAGGCUUCGCCUCUGGAUCGGACUGCACAGACCUCCACGCCAGUGUUCAUCCACCCGACCACUCAGAGGAUUCGUCUGGGUCACAGGAGACCAGGAUGGCCAGUUUACCAACUGGCUGCGUGAGGACAGCCCUGGGAGUUGUGCGGCCCCUCGCUGUGUUGCCAUGACUGUCCACACUUUGGAGAGCGGACGUGAGAACAGCGAUAACUUCCGGUGGCUUGAUGGCUCCUGCGCGCUGCCGCUGGAUGGAUACGUUUGCCAGUACAACUACAAAGGAAUGUGUCCACCACUGGAGGACGAGGGUGGAGGUCCAACUGUUUACACCACCCCAUUUCACCUUGUCAGUACCCUGCUGACUCAUGUGCCCUAUGGGUCUGUGGCUGCUCUACCAUGUCCUGCAGACAGCUCGGACCCAGAUGCUCAUGCUGAGCAGACUGUACUGUGCACGGUGAGAGAUGACGAGACAGUGGGCUGGUCCAGGGAUGCCCCGCUCUGCUCUUCCAGUGCAGCUCCACAGAACCAGGACUGGUGCAGUGGGUACCAUGGAUGUGAGCAGCACUGCCAGAACACAGACACAGACUACUACUGUUACUGCUCUGAGGGCUUUACGAUUGAUGAAGAUGGGUACAGCUGCAAGCCUGACCCUCUCAGCCAAACUGACCCCCCUGAAUUAUCCUCCGACUCUGCCGGUCCCACUGACCAGCCCCGCAUCAGUGAGGUCUGUGUGGAGAUGGGGUGUGAGUACAACUGUGUGGAGACAUCUCGGGGCAUCCGGUGUACAUGCCCCCCAGGCUACCAGAUGGGCCCAGAUGGCCGCCGAUGUUCUGAUGUAGACGAAUGUCAGCAGCAACCAUGCCCGCAACUCUGUGUCAACAUCCCAGGCACCUUCCACUGCACCUGCCACUCUGGGUACCAGCCAGAUGAUGAGGGCGAGUGCGUGGACAUCGAUGAAUGCCUUGAUGAGGGCAGCUGUGAAGGCACUUGUGAAAACACUGUGGGGUCCUUCACAUGCCUGUGUAACCCCGGGUACGAGUUGGGCAGUGGCGGACAGUGUGUAGAUGUAGAUGAGUGCGUCGGGGAGUCGCCCUGCCAGCAUCAGUGUCUGAAUUAUAUGGGUGGGUACCGGUGUUACUGUGGCGAUGGCUAUGACCUGCAGUCAGAUGGACUUACCUGCCAGCCUUCGCCAGAUGAUGAAGAGUAUUCCACUCUGACCCCUGACCCCAGCGACUCCGCUCACAUACCUGAUGUGGACCCUUACCAUGAUAUUCCCUGGUCCACCUCGUUCACCCCUGACCCGAGCUUUGAAGCUGAAACUAACUUUGACAUUGACUGGCUUACAGAAGCCCCUGAGGGACUCUCUCCUGACAUGGCUCACGGGCGAGACAAUCACCUGAACCAAUGGGAUGCCCUAUCACCAAAGCGAUAUCAGACAGCCCCUACCCCAACGCAAAAACACAACACAGGCAACGAAAUUGAUAAUGAGGCUAAGACAGGAGGCAGAAAAGCUAGUGGUGGGACUGGAGCUGAGACUUCAAACAGGUCAGCCACUGGGACUGGGGAGGGGGAGGGAUCUAAGAUAGAUAGUACAGAGGAUGUCAGUGGCACAGCGGAGGUAGGAGCUGGAUCUGCUGCAGGUAAACAGAAACACGACAAGAGCUGGCUGCUGGUGGCGCUGCUGGUGCCUCUGUGUGUGUUCCUCGUAGUGAUGCUGGCUCUGGGGAUUGUCUACUGCACCAGCUGUGCUGUGGACAAGAGCCUGAGCUUCUCAGACUGCUAUCGCUGGAUACUCCCUACGACGCCUCCUGACAGGAGGGACGGCAAAACCCAAGCAUGAACCCUAAAAUAAACAAACCCAGGUGCACGCACGCACGCACGCACGCACACACACACAGAUGUGUUGAAUGCCCAGAUGUCUGUUAACAUUUCUCCUUUGGUGCCGGACUGGUCACUGAAACUACAAUUUUGAUGUAGUACAGCUGACUGGCUCUCCCCCUCAUUAAGGAAAACUUAAUACUUUCUGUUGCACACCCUUUGUAAAUAAUUCACUCUCUCAUCCUGUUUUUAGAAUUCAAUAAAACCAAUUAACUGUU